CCAGAAGCCUCCGGCGCACCAGGCGGAGGAGGUGUUCCUGGCUGCCAUCUUUGAUGCGAGAAGUGAUUGUUUGGCGAAUAGAAAUAAUAGGAAAUAAAAAUAUAGCGUGGAAAGUUGGGGAAUUGUGGUGGAACUGAAGGGGUUGUUAAAAGGAAGAGUGAAACUCAGGAAAAUCAGUAGAAGGCAUGAAGAAAACGUCAUAGUCAAGAAGUCAUGGCUGAUAAAAGAAAACUUCAAGGUGAGAUAGACCGAUGUUUGAAAAAAGUUGCAGAAGGGGUAGAGCAGUUUGAGGACAUUUGGAAAAAGCUCUAUAAUGCAGCCAACACCAACCAAAAAGAGAAAUAUGAAUCUGACCUCAAGAAAGAGAUUAAAAAACUACAGCGUCUCCGUGACCAGAUUAAGACAUGGGUCGCCUCCAGUGAGAUCAAAGACAAAAGACAGCUAGUAGAGAAUCGCAAACUCAUCGAGACGCAAAUGGAGCGAUUUAAGAUUGUGGAACGGGAGACCAAAACAAAAGCGUAUUCUAAAGAAGGACUUGGCCUCGCUCAGAAAGUCGAUCCUGCACAGAAAGAGAAAGAAGAGGUCGGCCAGUGGCUAACGAACACGAUAGACACGUUAAACAUGCAAGUGGACCAGUUCGAGAGCGAGGUUGAAUCGCUUUCUGUGCAGACCAAGAAGAAGAAAGGAGACAAAGAGAAGCAGGAUCGGAUUGAGGAACUGAAACGAAUGAUCGAGAGGCACCGGUAUCACAUCCUCAUGCUGGAAACCAUCCUUAGAAUGCUGGACAAUGACUCGAUACAGGUGGAUGCCAUCCGCAAGAUUAAAGAUGAUGUCGAGUACUACCUUGAUUCCUCUCAGGAUCCUGACUUUGAGGAGAAUGAGUUUAUCUAUGAUGACAUUGAUUUAGAGGAGUUGCCCCAGCCACUAGUUGCAACAUCACCAGGUAACACAGAGGAUGACAUCUUCCAGCCCUCCAGUUCCACACCGACCUCCACAACGUCGUCAUCUCCCAUACCUCCUUCUCCAGCUACUUGCACUACGAAUUCGGAAGAUGAUAAGAAAAGAGGUCGUUCAACAGACAGCGAAAUCAGCCAGUCACCUAUCAAGAAUGGAAAUCCAUCUUUAUCUCUAUCUUCAUCUUCCUCCUCCUCAUCAUCGUCUUCGUCAUCAUCAUCCUCAUCCUCGGGAGCCUCUUCAAAUGCUUUGAUCUCCAUGGCGACUGUCGCCAGCAGCAUAAGCUCGGCAUCAGGGAGCAGCAGCCUCUUAGGCAACAUGGGCGGCCCCCUCCAGAACUCUGGCAGCUAUAGUUCAGCAACCCAGCAACAAACACCGCAAUCCCAACAACAGCACCAGCCCAAAAACUCAGUCUCCUCUCUCUCCAACACCAACUCGGCCUCCUCCAGCAACAGUACCUUACUCCCAACAUCCACCUCCGUGUCGCCGCCCAACACCAGCACACUGGGCCCACUGACACCCAUCUCGCAGAGCCAACCUCCAUUGGGAACUGGCCUUUCCUCCAGUCUGGGCCUUGGGAAGGGACAGUCUGUGACUAGUGGCACAAAUCAGAUGCCCGGUCUGGUUCUUUCAGGGAUGCCGGCAUCCUUGAACAGCAUGACUGGGUUUUUGAGCGGAUCCACCCCGGCACCUUAUGCACAAGCGGCCGCAGCAGGUUGUGUGGGCAGCGGACUGUCAGCAUCGAUCGGAACGAAUAUUAGCAGUACUAACUCCAGUGGAGUCGUGACCUCAAUGGGGUCUAACGGAAGUCUAGGCUCCACAAGCCUCUUGGGCUCAGGGACUGGUGUUCUGGGUCUUGGGUUCACACAGUCCGCUCUGGAGCCUUUACCUAUGGUGGCUUCCAGCUCUGUGGGAGGCGCACUGACCUCAGGGAGCAACGUGGGAGUUAUCGGAAGCAACGGAGGAACCUCUGGGACUGGUAACGCAGUGGGAAAUGCUGUGCUACCACGGCCUCCUAGUGGGCCGAAACAAAACGGCGGAACAAGUUAUAGUGCUGUGGUAGGAGACAGCACGUCAGACACCGCCCUCAACAGUGCCAGCCAACCACAGAUUAGCCAAUCCUCAUCCUCAAAUUCCUCAACGAAUCAGCCUAAGGACAGUGUGUCCAGCCUCCUGGGGUCGAUGACACUGCCGCCCAGCUCGCCCUCACCGUCAUACAGUGAGAGUAAAGCAGGUGGUGGCAGCCUGCUGAACGGCCCGCACUCAUACACACAGGCGGCUGACACCAUCAAGCCUCAGGAGCCUCCGAGCUCUUUAAAGGCGAUGGCAGAGAGGGUUGCUCAGGGUUCAGGGUUAGAAGGAGAUCUGUCUGCACUACAUAUCUCAAGUGAUAUAUUCCCCAGCUCCACGGCCCCUUCAGGCACUCCUGCAGCUCCUCAGUCUGCUCUGUCAGAGGUGAGCAUCCCCCCAUCAUUGGGUGUGUGUCCACUGGGCCCCGUCCCCCUGUCCAAAGAGCAACUCUACCAGCAAGCCAUGCAGGAGUCCACCUGGACGCACAUGCCUCACCCGUCCGACUCGGAGAGGAUCAGGCAGUACCUGAUGAGGAACCCCUGCCCAACACUGCCUUUUCACCAGCAGAUGCCACCUGCUCACUCUGACACUGUGGAGUUCUACCAGAGACUGUCUACAGAGACCCUCUUCUUCAUCUUUUACUACCUAGAGGGUACAAAAGCACAGUAUCUAGCAGCCAAGGCCUUGAAAAAACAAUCAUGGAGGUUCCACACCAAGUACAUGAUGUGGUUCCAGAGGCACGAGGAGCCCAAGACCAUCACUGACGAGUUUGAGCAAGGGACAUAUAUUUACUUUGACUAUGAGAAAUGGGGCCAGAGAAAAAAGGAAGGAUUUACAUUUGAGUACAGGUACCUUGAAGACCGGGACCUCCAGUGACGGAUGGUCAACUAGAACGGAGGACUACUGUCGACAUUCCGGACUGAAUCAACACACACGUACACUCUCUUUCAUUCAUCAGGGAAGAGACCCAGAUGCAUGUGCGAGGCUGUUUUAUGUCUCGCUGGUGCAUAAUGCAUCUGGAGCCCCUCCCACUCCCCACCCACCAGCCACUCCUUUUGUGACUCUGCCCUCAUUCAAAAGUAACCCCAUUAAAUCACCCUUUUCUGAGAACUUUGAGGCAUUUUUGCACCAAAAAAAGAAAUUGCGUGUGAUCAAAUAAAACAUUCAACCUGUCAGCAAGAUGACAUAUACAAAUCAGUGUGGAUGAAUUAUUUAACCUAUAGUACUGCUAUACUAUUGAUAACUUAAAGCCAGCUAAUACAGAUUCUCUGCAUCACAGUUGUGUUAUGUAGAAAAUUAUUCAUAUAAAGUAAACAAAUAAUUAAAUUUUGAUGCACAAUUUUCUUGCAUAUACCUGUCCACCAAAGCUUCUGUUUUCUCAAGUUUGUUUUUUGGCUUGUUACCCCCUUGUCAUCUUAGCUCUGAUCAAAGUGCAAGUCUUAAUUAAUACAGAUAAGCUUGCAAGUACGUGUUCUAAACUCUAAUAUUGAUAUUCAUAAUUGUGCUAUUACUGUAGCACCAAAUAAUUGCACCGGAUCAAGCACACUAUUUUUGUUUCUAGAUAACAAAUAACAGGAAACCAAGUACGUCACUCAUCUUGUGACUCUCAUCAAAAGAAAAUAGUUUUUUAGACUCCGAAAAGGGAUUAAUUAAUGUUCAUUUAUUAGAGUAAAUGUCCUUCUCUAUCUGUAAUAUUUGAAAAGCGACAGGCUUUUGAGAGCUUGCAUGUCUUACAGAUUUCACUAAAACUUAAAGGGUUACUCCAUGCAAAAAUGAAAAUAGUGUAAUUAAUCACUUACCCCCAUGUUGUUGUAAACCCGUAAAAACAUUUUAAGAUGUUCAGGAUGAAAACCGGGAGGCUUGUGACUGUUCCAUUGACUCCCAAGUAAAUUACACUGUUAAGGUCCAGAAAAUGUUUUUUGUACGCAAAGAAAACAAAAAUUAUGACUUUAUUCAACAAUUUGUCUCCUCUGUUUCUCUCUGCAUCAACAUUUUGGAGAAUAUGCGCUGGAGCAAGCAGCAUACGCACAUCUGCGUACUGACAGCCGAGCUGCAUGGAUGCGCUGUUUUCUUUCAAAUUAAAAACAUAAAUACAUGUAGAAAACACAUCCUUGUUUCGCGGCUGACACAGAAUAGCAUACGCAGUUUGCUUUCAGCAGAUAUUCCUCAAAAUGGUGAUGCGGAGAGGUACAGAAGAGACAAAUUGUUGAAUAAAGUCAUUCUUUUUGUUUUCUUCACUUACAAAAACUAUUCUUGUCACUUUUCUUAAAAUUCUGAUUGAACCACUGAUGGCAUAUGGGCUAUUCUGACUACAUCUUUUUUCUGGACCUUGACAGUGUAAUUUACCCUGGAAGUCAAUGGGACAGUAACAAGCCUCCCGGUUUUCAUCCAAAAUAUCUUAAAUUGUGUUCCGAAGAUGAACAUAGCUUUUGAGGGUUUGGAACGACAUGGGGUUAAGUGAUUAAUGACAACUUUCAUUUUGGGGUGGAGUAUCCCUUUAACAGUUUCAUUUUAAAGUGGCACUCAUAAACUUUCCAGGAUUCUGUUCCCCUUUUUUGUUUGAGCUGUAUGGAUGAACAUCCACCAAAAUCAUUGUAAUAAUAUGAAAAUCCUGUAGAGGGUGAAUAAAGUCAGCCGUUGUGAAAUUUCUUUACUAUUCAGUAAGAAUGGGGCGUUAAAUAUGAAAUCCUACGAAAUGCCCAACGCACACAACCUUGUUUUUAUCUUAACCUUUAUCUUUCCCGAUGAGUGUGUAAAAGAGAGCAGAAAUGUGAAUUAUAUAUAUUUUUUUUCCUAACUGGAAAAGUGUUGUACAGAACAUUUGUUCUCCUUCUGUUGACCCCCACCCCACCCCCCACCAUUUAAACAGCAUGGAAAAUUACACUUUCUUAGAGUAAAAAAAAACAUAGUAAAUAAAGCAUUGCAAAGAAAGGAAAGACUGUAAAAUAUAAAUAAACAAAUUACUUUUCAAAAA